UAACCUCUUGACUAUCUUAAUUCUGAUGCAAAUUGCAAUAGCGGAAACUCCAGCUCACGCUACCAUUGCUUCUUCCUAGAUCGAAUCAGAAUUUCCAAUUUCGUCUUGGAGGCUUAUGAUGACCAACAUUUGAGUUAGCAGUGGUGGCGUUUUAAGCUGGCUUUAAGCUUUUCGCUAUGCUUGUGUUUGACUUUGAACCAUGUCUAAAAUGGGCAAAUGGCUGCUAUGAUUGAACUCUGAUGAAAAUCCAGGAGAUCGGUGCUGGUUGACAGGCUGAGAGCAUUACUAAUGUCUUCCAGGUUUAUAGCAAUUUCGGCUGUUUUUACAGCUUUAAGCCUUGUGGGUGUACAAUUUGGCUCGGAGUUGUCUCUCAGUAAACUGAAAUCAGAAGGAAUAAUUGGCAAGAAUUUAAUUCACUUGGAUAAGGAGAAUGCCAAUCAUGUCAUUGAGUUGUUUUUGGGGUCGUACACCACCAUAUGGUUGCUCGCAAAUUUUGUGAUCAAUGCAUUUAUCCUUCUCAAUCUUUGUCUCAAGACUAUGUUUUUCUCUGAAUUGUAUCCUGCUGAAAUUCGGAAGCUGGUUGAGUGUCUCAUUAAUUAUGUCAUCUACAAGGGGACAUUUCUACCAAUGAUAGUGCCUCCAACAAUAUAUCAGGCAGGUCUAUGGUCUAGUUGGAUGAUAGUGCUAUGUUCUUUAAAGAUGUUCCAAACUUUGGCCAGAGAUCGUUUAGAGCGAUUGAAUGCAUCUCCAUCUGCCAGACCCUGGACUUAUGGCCGUGUAUAUUCAGCAUUAUUGUUGGUUUUCUUGGUUGAUUUAUUUUGGAUAAGGCUAUGUCUGACGAUAUAUAAAACACACCCAUCCUCUAUGCUUCUGUUGCUAUUCUACGAGCCUCUUAGUAUCGCUUGUGAGACCCUGCAGGCUAUAUUGGUACAUGGCUUUCAAUUGCUUGAUAUAUGGCUCCAUCAUUCAGCAUGCAAUACCACUGAUAGUGGAAGGUCAAAACUCUUCGACACAUUAGCAGCAGGAUCAUUAUUGGAAUGGAAGUGGAGUCUUAUUCGGAAUUUGGGAUUCUUACUAGACAUGGCAACUUCUUUUACGGCUCUUGGCCAUUACUUCCAUAUUUGGUGGCUUCAUGGCAUAGCUUUCCAUCUUGUAGAUGCAGUGCUAUUUCUAAACAUACGAGUAAAUAUUUGUACACUGCUAAGUGCAAUUAUAAAUCGCAUAAGAGCCUAUAUCAGGUUAAGGAAGGCUUUAGGUGCGCUACAUGCAGCUCUUCCUGAUGCAACUACUGAGGAGUUGUUGUCAUAUGAUGAUGAAUGUGCUAUUUGCAGGGAGCCCAUGGCCAAGGCUAAAAAGCUAAACUGCAAACACCUUUUCCACCUUGCGUGUUUGAGAUCUUGGCUAGAUCAAGGAUUGACAGAGAUGUAUACCUGUCCAACAUGUCGGAAGCCACUUUUUGUUGGCCGGCCUCAAAAUGAAGCAAGCUUCAAUACACGGGAAACAUCAAGUGAAGAACCACAUGCACACCAAAUAGGUUCAGGGCUUGAUCAGCCAAACACUGGUAGACAUGUCAUGGCUGCUGGAUUAUUUCCCAACCAAACACCAAACAUGGAAGGCAUUUCUUGGAGGGGUGCAGCAGGACUGGACUCACCUUGGUUGCAUUCUUGGCCAAAUCAAGGUGGCGAUGGGGCUGGUCCAUCUACUGCAAUCAGAUCAGUUGGAUUAGGAAGGGUUCAAAUGAUGAUGAGACAUCUUGCAUCUGUUGGAGAAAAUGCUCAGAAUGCCCUUGAAGAUUCUGCCUGGAGCCUUUGGCCUAUGAAUACUUCUCAGGCUUCUGCAAGUGGUUCCCGGAUUCCUCCUUCUCAUGGGAGGCUCCCAGGGGGCUCUGAUAAUGUACACAUGAGGAAUGCUUCACGUUUUGCAAAUGAUAAUCUGGCAAAUAUACUGGCUAUGGCCGAGACUGUUCGGGAGGUUCUACCUCAUAUACCAGAUGACAUAAUUUUCCAGGACUUGCAGAGGACAAAUUCCGUGUCAGUUACAGUGAAUAAUCUUCUCCAAAUGUGAUAUAUAGCGUGAUAUUUAGAAUUGGUUCGGGGAGAGAGAGAGAGUCAUGGGGGUUGAUCCCCGUUUUUCUCCCUCAUGACCCUUUUGUCGUCUUCCUCUCUCAUGCGGGACUAUAAAUUUGCUGGAGAUAGUUGAGGCGGGAUGUUUCUGCAUAUGAGUAGGUAUAUGGAGAAUUUGAAGUCGAUCUCUUGAAAUUAAUUCAGAUGAAAUAAUGAGGGAGAAAGAUGGAAAAAAGCGGGACCUAUUUGCAUCUUUGUGUUUUAUUUCCCCUCUAUUUAAUUCAGGUGAAGUUCAAUACCAAAAAUACCAAGGAGGCCUGUAACUUUAGGUUUUUGAGUUACCAAUAUCCUUGGAAAUUUAUAGGCUAUAUUUUUUGUAUAUAGGAUCAGCAAUUAUACCCAAGAAAGAGUGGAUAAGUAUAGGUUUUAUUCCUUCCUCUUUUUCUUGCAUUAAUAAAAAAUGAUUGUGAUUUUUCUAUGAUGCCAAA